AUGACUGCAGCAGCAGCAGCAGCAGCAGCAACAACAAUACCUCAGCCAGCAGCAGCAGCAGCAGCCGCAGCACCUCAACCACAUCCAAGAGAUCGCCGCCUUAGAAAUGAGGGCCCCCCUCUGGCACAUGCCUUCAUGAGGGGCCCCCACGGUGCUCCUUCGCUGCAGCAGCAGCAGCAGCAGCAGCAGCAGCAGCAAACCCCAGUUGACUGGCAUACAGCGCAGCAGCAUCAGCAGCAGCAGCAGACCCCAGUUGACUGGCACACACCGCAGCAGCAGCAGCAACAGCAGAGACUGCAGCAGCAAAAUGCUGCGCCCCCGCAACAGACGCUGCCACAGAACUGGGUGCAGCAGCAGCAGCUGCAGGAGCAGCAGCAGCAGCAGUACCAACAACAACAGCAGCAGCAGCUCCUGCAGCUACGCCUACAGCAAAGACGAGAACACGAGCAGCAGCACUCUGCGUUUGCUGAGAUGCAGAUCGAGCAGCGACAGCUGCGGCAGCAGCAUCAGCUGCAGCAGCGGCAUCUGCAGCAGCACCAGCAGCAGCAGCAGCAGCCAUUGUACCACCAGCAUUCACAAACAAUGCAGCACCAAACACCGCUGCAGCAGCAGUAUCAGCAGCAGCAGCAUCAGUGGGCACAGCAGCAGCAGCAGCAGCAGCAGCAGCGGUGGGCACAGCAGCAGCAGCAGCAGCAGCAGAAGUGGGCACAGCAGCAGCAGCAGCAGCAGUGGCUAGGGCAUCGACCAGUGAGCACGCCUUCUCCCGGCCUGCAGCAGCGGCAGCAGCAGGAGCAGCGUGAGAGCCCCUUCGUUUGCUCUUGGUCCCCGCGUGAACCGGUGCAGCAGCACCAGCAGCAGCAGCAAGUGCAGCAGCAGCAGCAGCAGCGACUGCAGCAGCAGCACUAUUCACAUGAGGUAUCCCCAGAGGCAGGAGAACUACCACCGGACUCAGAUGCUUCUCAGCAGUGGCAGCAGCAGCAGCAGAUGCUGCUGCUGCAACGGCAGCAGCAGGAAGGUCGCAUCCUAGCUGGACGGGAAGCAGCAGCAGCAGCAGCAGCAGAAGCACAGAGGCAGCAAGAGCUGUCUGAGUUGAGUCCAGUCUCUUCUCUGUCUCCAAUCAGCAGCGAUGACGCAGCAGAGGACGAGCCCCUUGGCGUUGCAGCAGCAGCAGCAGCAGAAGCAGAAGAAGAGACAGCAGCAACAACAGAAGCAGCGGAAUCAACUCCUGCUGCUGCCAGUUUUGUGGGGCCUGCAGCAGGAACAGGCGAAGCAGCAGCUGCAGCAGCAGCAACAACAGCAACAGCAGCCGCUGCUGCGGAAACUGCAGCUCAUAUGCGUAAUGUACAGCAGCUGCAGCAGGAGCAGCAGGAACAGCAACAGCAGCAGCAACAGAAACAGCAACAAUGCAUGCCGCAGGCAGCAGCAGACGAAGCAGCCGAUGCGCUGUCUUCUCCUUUGGAGGGGGAUGCCCCCGUAGCAGCAGCAGCAGCAGCAGGAGAGCCUGCAGCAGCAGCAGAAGAGCCAGCAUCAGCAGCAGCAACAGAGGCUACAGCAGCAGCAGCAGCAGACGAGGCCGAAGAUGAUUUGCCACUGAGCAAAGACGAUGCAGCAGCAGCAGCAGCAGCAGCAGCAGCAGAAGCAGCAGGUGAUGGAGAGGCAGCAGAAGAGGGAGUUGCAACUGAAGCAGCAGCAGCAGAAGCAGCAGAAGCAGCAGAAGCAGCAGCAGCAGCAGCAGCAGCAGCAGCAGUUGCUGCUUGCUGCCGCCGCUUGUGUGUGGGGCGAACCUGCACGCUGCAGCAGCUUCCAAGGAAGCAGCGAGAACAGCUGCGACAAACCCGUGUUGCUAUCAUAGGCGCUGGCCUUUCGGGAAUGAGCGCGGCGCGUUUGCUGUCUUCAUUUGGGGUGUAUGUGGAGGUGUUUGAAGCCCGCGGAAGAAUUGGCGGCCGCUGCUGCAGCGUGCAGGUUGGCGGCAUAGAAGGGCUGGAUCUCGGUGCGUCUUGGAUACACGGCAUUGAGGGCAAUCCUCUCUACCGCAUUUCGAAGGACUACGGACUCCUCGUAUACGGAGACGACGACAGAGACAUGGAGAUUGCAGUACCUCUCUAUGGAGCCGAUGGAACUCUGCUGGAUUUAGGCAUAGACAGCUGGUGUGAAGAGACACGAGCGCAGCAGCAGCAGGAAGUAGAUGCCUUUAUAAAAUCUGCAUGCAACAAGCUGUGCACACACCCCAAGUGCGCAGAGCUGCAGCAACAGCAGCAGCAGAGACUGCAGCAGCAAAACCGCGUCCUCCUACGCCUCCUGCAACGCCAGCAGCAACUGCAGCAGCAGAUGCAGCAGCAGCGGCAGCAGCAGAAGCAGCAGCAGAAGCAGCAGCAAAUGCACUCAGCCCAACGCGCUCAUUCUUUGCCUUUAAAGCGGAGAGCCCUGAAGCGCCAGGCCCCCCAAACGCCGCAGCAGCAGCAGCAGCAGCAGCAAGCAUUUAAACGCCUCCGAACAACGCCCAAGCAGCAGCAGCAGCAGCCGCAGCAGCAGCAGCAGCAAGUGUGCAUGCAUGCAACGCGUGAGGCCCUGAAGAUUUCUGUUGGGGAAUAUCUUGCGGUGAAGAACGAAGCGGCUUUAAGUCAGAUGGAAGAGCAAGACAAAGCUGCAGGGAGAGAGCAUGAAGCUUUGCGUGGCGCUCGCCGUCGUUUAUUAGACUGGCAUAUAUCAAAUACAGAGUACUCCACCGGGGCAGACGCAAACAGUCUCUGUCUAGCCACUUGGGAUCAGGACGACGCUACGGGUUUGCCUGGGCGGCACGUCAUGCUGCAGCGGGGUUAUCGGUCUUUAGUGGAGUGUCUUGCUGCUCCUGCUGCAGUAGCAGCAGCAGCAGGUGCAGCAGCGCCUCCAGCAGCAGGGCCAGCAGCAGCAGCAGCGGGAACAGCAGCAGCAACUGCUCGUUUGCUGCUGCGGUCUCCAAAGAUACACCUCAACAGCCCGGUGCAGCAAAUUAGCAUUGUAGAGAGUGGCGUAGUGCUGCAGCUGCUCGCAGGACCGAAGACAGAGGCCUUCGAUUUCUGUCUUAUUACUCUCCCUCUAGGGGUGCUGAAGGCCUCCUUAGAGGCUUCUGGCUCUGAAAGCAGCAGCACCAGCAGCAGCAGCAGCAGCAGCAGCACAUGCGCGGGACCAGACACGGCACCAGUACAAACACCAGCACAAAUAGCAGCAGCAGCAGCAGCAGAAGCAGAAGAUGACAGUGCUGAUGGGCAGGAUGGAUCUGGUUUACCAGCAGCAGCAGCUGCUGCUGCAGCAACAACAGCAGCAGCAGCAAGGAUGCUGGGUAUGGCGGAGGCCGCUAUGAGCCGCAACGUAUCUGUGGGGUUUGAGGCAACUGCAGCAGCAGCAGCAGCUGCUGCUGCUGCUGCAGCCAACGGCAGCUGCUACGGGAAGAUGGCGCUGCACGGGUUGGAGCUGAAUACAGCAGCAGCAGCAUCGAGCGCAGCAGCUGCUGCCAAUGCUGCAGCAGCAGCAAUAGCGACGGUUGGUGCAGCGGAAGCAGCAGCAGCAGCAGCAGCAGCAGGAGAUGCAGCAGCAGCACCACCACCUAACGAUUACUUCGGGUGUCUCGACAGCUUCCAUGAACUCCCCAUCCCUUUGGCGUUGCCGGAUAAUAUCUGCAACCUGAUAAAGACAGGCGACUCUCCUCAUGCGCUGCAGCAGCAGCAGCAGCAGCAGCAGCAAGCUGCGGUUGAUGCUGCUGCUGCUGCUGACAAAGCCGCAGCAGCUGCUGCUCCCAUACCAGCGGGAGCACCGGGGCGCAGCAGCAACACGCUGCUGCAGCAACUCGAUGCAGCAGCAGCAGCCGCUGCUGCUGCUGCUGUGCGAGCUCAGGGGGUAAGUCCUGCUGCAGCAGCUAGGGCCUCUGCUGUAGCGGAAGCAGCAGCAGCAGCAGCAGCAGAGGCAGCAGUUGCCGCAGGAGGGUCGGAUGCAAUUGCUGCAGCUGCUGCAUCCAUAGAAAGACGAGCUGCUGCUGUUGCUGCAGCAGCAGCAAAUGCUGCGCAAGAGCUGCUUCGCGCAAGGGGUGUGCCUCAGGACGACUCCGAAGCAGCAGCAGCAGCAGCAGCUGCUGCUGCUGCUGCUGCAAUCCCACCUCCUGCUACAGCGGGAGGAGCAGCAGCAGCUGCAUCAGCCAUCGACGCAGGUGUUCGUGCUGCUGUUGCUGCUGCUUGUGGUACAGCAAGAGCAGCAGUUGAGGCAGCACAGGCUAGGGCUUGCUGCCGCGCUCCCAGCAGCAGCAGCAGCAGCAGCGACGGCGUUGUUGCCAGCGACUCUCUUACUGGGUCGUUGAGCGUGAGUGCGAGUGCAUCAGCUGAUGCUGCAGCAGCAGCAGCACCACCGCCAACAGCAGCAGCAGCAGCAGCAGCAGCAGCAGCAGCAACAGCAGCAGCAGGCAGCAAGGCAGGCCUUGUGCGCUUCACUCCUCCUUUACCAGACUGGAAGAAGCAAACAAUACACGCCGUAGGGAUGGGGGCGAUUAAUAAAAUAGUUAUUGUAUUUGAUAAGGUCUUCUGGCCUACAGAACCCGUGCUGCACCCUGCUUCUGCUGCUGCUGCUGCUGCUCAUGCUGCUGCUGCUCCUGGUGAUGCUGCUGCGGCUCCCGAUGCUGCUGAUGCUGCUGCUCCUGGUGUUGGUGCGGCGGCUCCUGAUGCAGCUGGAGCUGCAGCUGCGGCUGAGGCUGGCCCAGCUGCUGCUGCUGCUGCUGCUGCUGCUGCGGAACAGCAGCAGCAACAACAGGUCGACGGGCAUCAGCCGCCUGCUGCAGCGACAACGGAAGCAGCAGCAGAAUUGAAUGGCACUGGCACAGGAGAGGCGAGCGCUGCAGCUGCUGCUGCUGUUCCUGCUGCCGCUGCUGCAACAACUGCUGCUGCUUUUGGUUCUGGUGCUGCAGCGGAGGAUAGUGCGUCUUCUGCUUCAGCGCUGGAAGCAUCAGCAGGGCAUGUGGCUGCUGAAGCAGCAGCAGCAGCAGCAGCAGCUGCAGCAGCAGCAGCAGCAGGCGAGCUAGAUCCUUCAGGCCGCGUGCUGCGAAUGGGAUGUAGACAGAAAGGCUGGACAUCAGCAGAGAAGGGGGCUUUCGCUCAAAUUGUCUACCUACACCCCAAACCCGCAGUACUCAUACUUGGGGUUUCGCCUAUAUGUCUGAGCGGCGAGGUAAAGAGCAGCUGCUGCUGGAAGCACUUGAAGUAUUAG